CGCAUGCGCACUGCCACUGUCCGCGCUCGUGUGUGGGGCCCGUGAGGAUCCAGCGGGAGUGUUAGCUGUGUAAUGGCGGCUUCGGUGUUGCUCUCCGCGGAAAACGCCGUGCCCUCUUUUACCGUCGGCCAUCCCGCCGCAGUUGCUUCUGCGGGAACUACCCAUCACGGAUUAUCCAAUGCUCCCGGACCCUCGCCCUGGAACCGCUCGCUGGAUCGGGCGCUGGACGAGGCGGCGGCCACUGGAGCUCUUAACCUGAGCGGCAGGAAACUGAAGGAGUUCCCGAGGAGCGCCUCCGGACACGACCUCACCGACACCACCCGGGCCGAUCUGUCACGAAACCGGUUGACGGAGCUGCCGGUGGAGGUGUGCAUGUUUGUGUCGCUGGAGAAUUUGAACCUGUACCAGAACUGCCUUCGUUCAGUACCAGAGAGUCUGAUCAACCUACAGUCCCUCACCUACCUAAAUAUCAGUCGGAAUCAGUUGUCCACUCUCCCCGCUCAUUUGUGCCGACUGCCGCUCAAAGUUCUGAUCGCCUGCAAUAACAAGCUGGUAUCACUGCCGGAGGAUCUGGGCAAACUCAGACAGCUCACUGAACUGGACGUCAGCUGUAAUGAGAUUCAGACUCUUCCUCCACAGAUCGGUCAGCUGGAAGUUCUUCGUGACCUCAACAUCCGCAGAAACCACCUCGUUCGCCUGCCUCCUGAGUUGGCUGAGCUGCCAUUGGUCCGGCUCGAUUUUUCCUGUAACAAGGUAACGACAAUCCCUGUAUGCUACCGAAAUCUCAGACACCUUCAGAGCAUCAUUCUGGACAACAAUCCUCUGCAGAGCCCACCUGCACAGAUCUGUAUAAAGGGAAAGAUCCAUAUAUUUAAAUAUCUGAACAUGGAGGCAUGUAAAGCAGCAUCAGACCUUCCAGACUACGACAGAAGACCACUGCCCUUUGGAUCCUGUGUAGAGGAUUUGUAUUCUGGUCGGCCAUAUGGAGCUCUGGACUCUGGGUUUAACAGUGUGGACAGCGGAGACAAGAGGUGGUCAGGAAAUGAGCCUUCAGACGAGUUGUCAGACUUGCCUUUGAGAGUGGCAGAAAUCACCAAAGAGCAAAGACAGAGACGAGAACGAGAACGCGAGGAUCAUCGGACGGGGUCUCACGUGACCAAUGGCACUAUGGACGCAGAGCUUGAACAGAUAGACUUCAUUGACAGCUGUACAGGGGAUGAUGAUGAGGAGGAUGGGCGGAGCCGCAGAAGGGCGGAGCCAGUCAGCCUCAGCUCUCAGUUUAUGGCCUACAUUGAAAGACGAAUCACCAGAGAGGGUUCACCUGUGAAGACCAGCCCAUCCAGAGACUUAAGAACUGAUGACCCAAGACGUCAAAACUCCUUAAAUAACCGCGGUGGUUCAGAUACAGCGGUCACGUCUUCAUACGCUCAUAACCAGCGGUCUGCUGGUGUGGCGUCAGGUUCUGGUGGCGGUGUGGAGAAAGUGAGACGAGAAGCUCAGCUGGCGGCACAGCGGUACGAGGAAGAGAGACAGAAAAGAUCAGUGCAAAGAGAUGCCGUUAUGAAUUACACUAAGCAUAAAUCAACUCCGAGCCCUACGAAGCUCAGUCCAACAGACAGUGAGAGUGAGUUUGAGCCUCUAUUGAUAUUUGAGAUAGACACAGAUACCAACACUAUAAAGAAGAGGCCAGACCCUCACAAACAGUCUCUCUCUGCUGUGCCGCUGGAUGGGUGUGUGUCUCCCGCUUUAUCCGUCGCCCCCCUCUGUACGCCGCAGCAAGGUGAAGAUUAUGCCUCCCUGUCACCCACUGCCCUCCAGUCACCCACUUACCCCAGCCCCGCUGCCCCGUCCCCCUCCCGCGGCCUCAACCAGCGACCUGAGAGUUACUUGUUCCGCCUGAGUCAGCGAGAGGAGAAAAAAAAAGGAGAAUCAGGUGCACAGAAGGAGGAGCCAGUGGAAGCCACUCCCACACAGAGUCCAGCCCCAACGGGAGAGGAGGCGCUACUGAUAGAGCAGCUGAGAAGGAAUAUUGAGUGUCGACUCAAGGUGUCUUUACCCACUGAUCUUGGGGCAGCUUUGACUGACGGGGUCGUGUUGUGCCAUCUGGCCAACCACGUACGUCCCCGAUCCAUACCGAGCAUCCACGUACCCUCACCGGCAGUGCCCAAACUGACAAUGGCCAAGUGUCGACGAAAUGUGGAGAACUUCCUAGAGGCGUGCCGCAGAAUCGGAGUUCCUCAGGAUAGUUUGUGUUCGGCGGGCGACGUGCUGAAAGGGGAGGUUGUUUGUGUGUUCAGGCUGGUUGAGGCCUUGCUCUCCCUGGCACCGCCUCCUCUUCGCUCCGCCCCAUCUUCCCAGCUGGCUGGAUUCGCCCUUUUCUACCUGUCAAUCAUGUCGCUGCUAUGUGUUCUCUACUGCCACCUGGUGCCAAGCUGUUAAAUGACACUUCCAUAUUGAUCACUGCACUAAAACAGUCAAUUGUUGUUUUUUGUGCGCAAAUGAGCAGAUUUACACGAUAGCCAGUGUUUAUGCACACGUUUAUAGUGUU